UUCUUUUUCUUUAUCUUCUCUGUUCCUUAUUUCUCUUCUUCUUCCUUCCACAAAUAAAACCGGGAGGGUCAGAGUGAGAUUGGGGUGAGAGGGAGUAAAAUAGAAAUCAAUGCUCUGGUGAGAAACUAACUGGAGAAAGGGGUUAUAGAGGUUGACGUUAAAGGCGCCUUAUUGGAGGCGGAAUCCGAGAUUGGGGAGAGUAAUUUUAGGUUUUCGAGUGUCUAUGGUGAGGGUAUCGGUGAAACCUAUAAAAGGAGCCAUAGGGUAAGGGUAGAUCACGAAACAACAAGUGCUUUAGCAUCUAAGAGUGACCGAGAGAGUAAGGGCGCGAGUUGAGCGUGGGAGAGCGAAACAAACUUGACGAAAGGGGGAGAAGAUGAAUUCAGUGAGGAAGGAACGACCAAGCUUUUGAGCUAUGGAAGACAAUACAUGGGGACGUUCUUCAAGUGAAGAUGGUGAUGACGAGGUCUAUUUCCAAAAUGCAAGUGAUGAAGAGGAGCUCGGCUUUUCAUCUGGUUCUAUACCUAAGUUGCAGUUCAGGAACGUGAAAUCCAAAAGCAUUUGGAAUGAAGAAAUGGGAAUGGGAGAAGUCAUUGAGAAAAAUGGAAAAAUGUGGAUAACAACUGGAAUAGUUCGUAGUGGCAAGAUUUAUUCUUCAAUUGAGGAGACUUUGUAUCUUAUGGAACUAGGAGCCUUACAGCUAUUAGAAAGUAGUGGUAGAAGCAUAUCUCUCGCAGAAAUGUAUGAAAAGGUUGCUGGCGGGAAGAGUGGAUGUUGUUGGGAGCUGUUUGAGGUUUACAGGCACCUCAAGUCUCUUGGUUACAUAAUUGUGCGGCAUGGUGUUCUUUGGAGUUUGAAGAGUAUUAAAAGUUCCCAUAGACCUGCUGCUCUUGAAAUAGCAGAAGAUAGCAAAGAACUAAUAGACAUGGGCUCUGUCCAAAGAUUAUUUUCUGAGUUGCGAGUAAAUGAUUUGAGGCCAGAUUUUGAUGUUUAUCUUCCGAACAGCCGAUUUAGAAAGUCUUCCCCUGGUGAUCCAAGUUUUUUACUGUACUUAUCUAGUAAACCACUAGGAAUUGAUAAAGACAUUGCCGCAGUCUGUUCUCUUAUAGGAUUUAAAGGGGUUAUCCACCGUCUAGAACAGAGAUUGAAGUCCUUGAGAAGCAAUGUGGUGGCAUUCCUUUGAAAAUCUGCCUGGUCACGGAGGGAAGGGUCAGUUUCUUUUCCUUUGACAAGGUGGAUCUUCCUGUUCUACCCUGAAGUUCUGGUACCAACGUUUCUACUCUGAGCUGGGGGCAAAGGAAACUAAGGGUGUAACAAGAGAAUGGGUUUGUUGUAAAGUUAUAGCUUAUUAUAGUAUCCAAUGUAGAAUGGGCUUAGUGAUCACAACUAAUGCCUGACUCUAGUCAAAUUGAUUAUGAUUCUGCAGUGAGAGCAUGCUAUUGUUGACCAUAGCAAGAAUCUAAGGCAUGGGCUUAGCCAUACACGCCUCCUUUUACAUAUGGGCUAUAGAGGACAAGGAAAGUUCUCUGUUAGAUAGAUGAUGUAAAAUUACAAGAGGACCUGUGAUUAGACUAUCAAAUAGGAUAUUGUAUACAUCAUUCAACUGAUUAUUAUAAUUUCUAUUUUAACUUGUAGAAAA